AUGGUACUUUGUCUGCCAGGUGCGACUGUCCAGGCUAUCUGCGACCGAAUCCUCAGGAUUCUUAAGUGGAAAGGUGAACAGCCAGAAAUCGUGGUCCAUGUUGAUACAAAUGCCAUGGCUGUAAAAAACUCCGAGCACACCCUGAGCUCCAUCGCCAAAAUUGAGGACGAGAUUUCACAGCUGACUAAGACUAUAACAAAUUCCAAGCAGACCCUGAUCUCCAUCCCCAAAAUUCAGGACGAGAUAUCCCAGCUGAGUAAGAAUACAGCAACGUCAAUCGCUAGUGUGAAGAAUGAGCUUUCUCAGUGGAAGAGUAAUGUUGCAGAGAAGUUCACGAAGACCGGCAGUUCCAUCACCAAACUUCAGGAUGAUAUUUUGCAAUGGAGUAAUAAUCGGCUGCGAUGUCCCACAGAAUGGACUCGGUUCAGGGAAAGCUGUUACCAUUUUUCCUCAAGUACUAAAACCUGGGGUGAGGCCCAGAGACAGUGUGCAUCGUUAGAUGGCCAUCUUGUUGUUAUUAACAAUGCCGAAGAACAGGAACGUAUUCGACAGAAUGUGAAUAAUAACUAUUGGAUUGGACUCAAUGACAUCGUCCAAGAAGGGAUUUGGCACUGGGUAGAUGGCACUGAUUAUUCAUCCAAUGUUAAAUUCUGGGAAAGCAGUCAACCCAAUGGUCAUGAAGAAUUCGAUGAAGACUGUGCCUUGGUCAGUGGAGGCGGAUUGUGGCACGAUUGGCCAUGCGAUUCUAUGCAUUUCGCUAUCUGUGAAAAACGAGCAGCCUAACAUUCCUUCAAGCUACUGUGUACUCGGGGUAAUGUGGGCGGUUACUGCGUUUAUGAACGUACUUUUUUUUCCAGUAUACCCGAUGAGCAGCUCUGAGCUAAGAUUCGCGUGGUGGGUGUCUGGCCAGAUCUCUUUUACCCGUGUUCUCCCCACUGGAACACAACUAAAUCUUCCAGUGAUUUCUCGGCGUAUAUGACGGAUAAACUCUUUUCUAGCUUCCAGCCGGGUACAAAUUGCGAUUUUAAAUGACCUUUUCGUUGACAAAAUCUGCCAUUUCGUCUGGAAUGAUGCCUAUGCUUAUCUUGUCCCGUGGGAUAUAUAACUCCGAUGAUCAUCCCACCUGAUUGGCUAGUGCUCAUCCAAGCCAGUUUUGGCUAUCCCACCUUGUUAACAAUCGAAUUACAGUUCUUACUUAGAACGAGAUCUUCGUCUUUGUUAAAAUUCUUUAUCUCUAAGAUUUAUUUCAAAAGACUUCAGUCACCAGGCGGUUCAAAAGCCAUUGGCGCCGUACAUUAGCUUUGUACCGUCGAAGUCAAUCCUGUGGCCAUUCCGAAUGCAAUGUUCUGCUACCGCCGGGAAAUCCUGUCUCCUUCCCCUUUUUUCGCGAAACCGAGCACCCAACCCCCAGCCCUGUUCCCGCUUUCAUCUGUCCAUAUAAAUCUUGGAAGACUUAUCAGAACUGGUUAAAGGUUGAUGUCUGGGUCUAUAACCGCUGAAUUAUUUUCCAGUCGUUGACGUUUUCUUUAUUUGUAACUUGCCAAUACCCGCCAAUAAGCUGCGGUUCAUUCGAUCCAAUCAUGAUCCUCGAAAGCUGGGCUGCCAGCUCUAACUUCUAUGAGGCAGGUGUACGAAAUUGAUCCGAAUGUUGCCAAUGUUACCAUUGAACACCAGUCCCAAACAUGCCUCAACUUUUUAUUUUCUUUCUAUUCGGCGACAAAGCCAUCUUCUCCUUUUCCAUGCCAAGCACCCCAUUUCUGAACAUUAUAUUAUUUUCAAGUUCUAGCCUCUAAGGUAAUGCUCAGGAUCUGCCGCUUCCUAAAUAUUAAU